AAUAAUCUCAAAUCUAGGAAAAGAGAAUUCUCUGAUAUCAAUGAUGUUGAUGGUAUUUAUGGUAUUGUAACAUUAGGAGAUAAAUGGUUAUUUAUUGUUUAUACCUCAGAUGGUUUAAUUGCCUCAACAAGCUGA